AUGGCGAAACAAAGAAGGAAACGUAAUGCCAUUUUGGUAGAGCAUCGCGCGAUGCGCUUACUGAGCAGACAUUACACUCUGGCCAUGGGCUUCAAAUUUUUGGAAAUUAGAAUCAACGUUGAUCCACCGAGCUACGUGAAGAUCAUUCUGGGAUAUCAUCGGGGACAGGGAACUGAUACUGUUUCUCAAAACGCAAAAACGCGUCGCAAACUCACAAAAAGAUAUGCAUCGUGUAUGGAGAAAAUGCCAUGCGAAAGUGUGUGCCGGAAAUGGUUUGCGAAAUUUCGUUGUGGAGAUUUUGAUCUUCAAGAUGCUCCUCGCUCUGGUCGGCCAGUCACUACUGAUGUCGAUCAAAUCAAGGCUUUAAUCGACUCCAAUCGGCAUUUGACGACUACAGAGAUUGGACAUAAUCUCAACAUUGAUCAAUCAACUGUUUCGAGACAUUUACGGAAGCUUGGGAUGCGGAUGAUCACUGGCGAUGAAAAGUGGAUUGCCUACAACAAUGUCAGUCGAAAAAGAUCAUGGUCGAAGCGCUCAGAGGCUGCUCAGACGGUCGCAAAGGCUGGAUUACACCCGAAGAAGAUCAUGCUCAGUAUCUGA